AUGUCCGAGAGAUCAGGCGUGAGAAAACGACUAAGCGCCAGCGAAAAAGAAGUUUCUCCUCCGGCAAAGAGGCGGCAGCAAUCUCACACCACAAACAAAGCAGUCGCCAGCUUCUUCACGCCCAUCUCAAAGAAAGAGCCCGAGAAGAUGGCAUGGCGAAUCGUCAAAGACAGCUUGCUCGUUGGGCGCUACAAUACUUCGGCUAUAUUUCAGUCGGCCAGUCAGGCAAGGCGGCGGAUAGCAGCCUUUGACUUCGACUCAACUUUAGUAACACCUGCAUCAGGAAAGAAAUUUGGCCGCGAUGCGAGCGACUGGAAGUGGUGGCACAGCAGCGUUCCCGGCAAACUCAAUCAGCUCUACGAGGAAGGAUACCUCCUUGCAGUGGUAAGCAAUCAAGGUGGUAUCAGCCUCAAGUCAGAUCCGAAGACUGUCAAGUCUGAUCAGAAGCGAUUGGCGGACUUUAAAGGCAAAGUCUCAGCAGUUGUCAGCCAGCUGGACCUACCUAUCACCGUAUACGCGGCUACGGGCCGUGAUGAGUACCGCAAACCACGAGUGGGGAUCUGGCGGGAACUACUCGGCGAUCACGACCUCAACAUCAUGGAAAGUGUUGACCUCGAGAACUCUUUCUUUGUUGGCGAUGCCGGCGGGCGCGAGGCGGUGGCUGACAUGACGGUGAAGGACCACUCAUGUGUUGACAGAGAUUUUGCUGCCAACGUUGGUCUACCAUUCUACACGCCAGAGGAGUACUUCCUGCAGCACCCGGUUCAGCCAUUCGUGAGGAGCUUUGACCCAGCCACCUUCGGGAACAAGUUGGCUGAGAGCUCAACAUCUGCAAAUCCGGUCAUUACGAAAACCGACUUUUUGGAAAUUGUCCUACUCGUUGGCAGCCCGGGCGCUGGCAAGUCUUCGUUUUAUUGGAAGUACUUCCAGCCACUUGGACAUAUUCGGGUAAACCAAGACAUCCUCAAGACUCGCGAGAAGUGCGUGAAAACUGCCACGGCGCUCAUCGAAGAAGGAACAAGUGUGGUGGUUGAUAACACGAAUGCCGAUCAAGAUGUUCGCGCCGUAUGGGUGGAUCUGGCAAAGAAACAUUCAGUUCCCAUUCGCUGCGUUCACUUUACAGCGUCGGCUAAGCUGUGCGAACACAACGACACCGUUCGCGCGUUGAAUCUUGGUCAAGAAACCAAUCCCGAGAACAGGACGAUGCUUCCAAAGCUGGCUUUCACGAGUUUCGCGUCAAGAUUCCGUGCGCCAAAGCUUGAAGAGGGUUUCAAAGAGAUCAUCACGGUAGACUUCGAGGUAAGUGUUGUGCAACCGCAAACUAGAUAUUCAGCGCGUUGGUUGGCGUGUGGAAUCUGUCGCUAA